UGUUUCGUGAUUAACACGUUGGGACUCGCUGCAAGGAGAACCAGGGAUUGGAAUGAUACUUCUGAAGAGAAUUGCCAUCAUCAACAUCUCAAAUGAAACAGAUGGGACACAGGGUAACUGUGGCAUCGAUUUAUGCAUUUGAUUAAAUCAUCACAUUUUUGCCGAUCAUGCCAAUUAUGCUGUGAAAUGGCUACUGUGUGCCAGGAUCAUUUUUGAUUAGGGAAAUGUAUAGCCUGACUGAUAUCCGAAAUAGAUUAUUAUAGCAGUUAUGCUAUUGAGAAUAUUCAUCAAAGUGGAUAAAAUGACCACGCGAUUUGGCGCUGCUGAUGCUGCCUUUUGCAUCAGUUCGAUGUUGCAGAGGUUGGGCACUGUGCCAGAUAGGGGAAAUACACUGGAUGUGUGCAUUAGAAGACCAUGGUGUUUUAGCGCGUUUAAUUCUGUUAGCAUAUGCAUUUAUGGGAAUGUGCGAAAAAAUGUCUGAAGCUCAUCGACAGUGUGGUUGUUGCAGCGCACUCCGGGGCUCAAGCUGGGCUCGACACUGAUAGACUAACCUACGCUUGUAGCUGAAGAGGAGACAAGCAAGCUGAUUAAUGCUUUACCACCCUGCCUAUCAAUCAAGCUGUAUCAAAAACAUAUAGCAAGCGUCUUCCUCGCCACCACGAUCUUUCCGGAUGUCUCUGCAAGACUAGGCAAGUCAGUCAAGUGAGGAAUCUGUUGCGCUCGCCGUCCGUGGAGAGCGCGGUUCGAGAGGUAGCCUACCAGAGCCGGUGGAGCUGCGCCCCUUGAUCAUCCUACGAGGACGACACUAUGUACCAGCUCCCCGCUGAUGAUGAUGGGAAGAAUCAAUGUUCUUACUAGAACCCUCUUGAGACUAAGCGAACUCUGAGGAGCUCCGCCUGGGCUGCAACAGGACCAGACAGGAGAGAAGAGAUCGAGACAGACCAGACGCUGACUCUGCGUGCGCCAGGUUGGGCCUGGAUUCUUGCCUGCGCCUGUGGCUCUGGACAGAUAAGACAAACCUUCCCUGUUUGGGCAUUUGUCUGGACAGGUACAUCUUAGCUCUAUCACAUCUACACUCUACCAAAGCAACUUUAAGUUGUAGCAUCAAUUUAGCAGACAUUAGUAUUUUGGGGUCUGACCCUAAGCCGCAUCCCAAAGAGCCUCUCGAGGGGCCAGUUUAGUUUACCAGAGACUAGGCAGUGGUCACCAUGCAGGUCUCUUUUGCCUGCACGGAGCACAACCUGAAGAGCCGCAGUGAGGACCGGCUUUGUGGCCUUCGCACUGCGCCACCCCCUGGGGGAGGCAGUGGGGGAGGUGGAGGAGGUGGUGGAGGGAGCAGCCAAGGGGGUAAUGGCAACUACAACACCCAGGGCUCAGCCAAGUCCAGGGAGCAGUCAGGGUCCCGCCCGGUUCCCCAGGGCCAUGCCCACAUGAAGGAGGCAAUAGGGCGCCACAGCAGUAUGAAAUACAGGAACCUGGGGAAGUCUGGUCUGCGUGUGUCCUGCUUAGGGCUGGGCACCUGGGUGACAUUUGGAUCGCAAAUAUCUGACGAGAUGGCUGAGAACCUGAUGACCAUUGCCUAUGAGGCCGGGGUGAACCUCUUUGACACAGCAGAGGUGUAUGCCUCCGGCAGGGCUGAAAUCACCCUAGGGAACAUCGUCAAGAAGAAACGAUGGAGGCGUUCUAGUUAUGUUGUGACAACCAAGAUCUAUUGGGGAGGGCAGGCAGAGACAGAAAGGGGACUCUCCAGAAAGCACAUCAUUGAAGGUUUGAGAGGAUCCCUGUCCAGACUCCAGUUAGAUUAUGUGGACAUUGUCUUUGCCAACCGGAAUGACGUCAACAGCCCUAUGGAAGAGAUUGUCCGGGCCAUGACCUUUGUAAUAAAUCAGGGCAUGGCAAUGUACUGGGGCACCUCUCGCUGGAGUGCCAUGGAGAUCAUGGAGGCGUACUCAGUGGCACGUCAGUUCAACCUGAUCCCACCUGUAUGUGAGCAGGCUGAGUAUCAUUACUUCCAGAGGGACAAGGUGGAGGUGCAACUCCCUGAACUCUACCACAAGAUAGGUGUAGGGGCAAUGACCUGGUCUCCCCUCGCAUGUGGACUGAUUACAGGGAAGUACAGUGAGGGUGUACCUGACAUCUCCAGGGCUAAUAUGAAAGGUUACCAGUGGCUGAAGGAGCGUGUCAACAGUGAGGAGGGACGCAAGCAGCUGGCCAAGAUUAAAGAGCUCCACCUAAUGGCCGACAGACUAGGCUGCACCGCCGCACAGCUAGCCAUCGCCUGGUGUCUGCGCAGUGAGGGAGUGAGCUCAGUGCUGAUGGGUGUCUCCAACACUGACCAGCUGGUGGAAAACCUGGGUGCCCUUAGGCUUAUUUCACAGAUGACUCCUCAGACCGUGGCUGAGAUUGACUCACUCUUGGGAAACAAGCCCCACUCUAAGAAAGAGUCGCGAGCAUGAAGAGGAAACGAUGGAGCUAAAGACAAUCAGAGAAAGAUGAAGAAAAGCCGAGGAACAUCGCUCUUUCACCAUCCAGUAUAAUCAACAACUUGCAUGUCCUCAGCAACAUUUUGCUUCAAGAAUUUGCACAUAUCCAUUUUGCGCAUUGCAUUGUACCAUGUAUGAAAAAAGGAAAUAUUUUAACGUGCAAAAACAAAGAUUAUAAACUGGCUGGUUCGAACCCUGAAUGCUGAUUGUCUGAAAGCCGUGGUAUAUCAGACCGUAUACCACAGGUAUGACAAAAAGUUUAUUUUUACUGCUCUAAUUAUGUUGGUAACCAGUUUAUAAUAACAAUAAGGCACCUCGGGGGUUUGGGGUAUAUGGCCAAUAUACCACGGCUAAGGGCUGUAUCCAGGCAAUCCGUGUUGUGUCGUGCAUAAGAACAGCCCAUAGCAAUGGUAUAUUGGCCAUAUACCACACCCCCUCUGUGCCUUAUUGCUUAAUUAGAUCAUAUAUAUUACAGAUCCCUCACUGACUGAUCAUGUCCACAAAGAGAGGGCGAGGCCAAAGCAUGGAGCAUUAGGUUUCUGUCUUCCAGAGAGACCAAUGAGGGCAAAGUUGGAGAUGGAGAGAGAUGGUGGUUGAAUGAAGGAGGCGCUGCACUCUACUUUAUCAAACACGACGGUGUUAUCAAUGAGAGGAGAACUCUUUGAUGCCAUGAAGCAACAUGAGGCUCAGCUCUCUCACUGAAUGUGUGACCAGCGCUAUCAUAGGACACUCUUUCUCUGCAGCUGCCUCUGAGUCCAUAGGAUGCCUAGUACCCAGCAGAAAGCCAAAGGUUAGCAUCACCUCGUCAUCUCCGUAUGGGACUGGCCUGUCACUCUAUGUCCUUUAACAGCAGUUUCUUCCUUUGUAUCUUCUCUGUGUGUAAACUGUGCGCAUGUCCCUUUAAGAGAGACCAGCCCAAGUAGGGUGUAAAUGUGGCAUGGCUUUAGUUAUUUGUGCAGAUGAUUUGCAGUGCCUCUGUAAGUAGUCUUUUUGCACUAGCAGGUGGGAUAGGCUGAUCCAGGCUCUGCACUGGCAGGCACAUCGUGGAGCUUUGCUUUAUUUACUGUUUGCAGCCCACUGACAUGGUCUGUGUCCAUGUGAUGUGUAUUGUCCUCCAUAUCAAACCAUUUCUGCGUCAAUGACAAUUAAAACCAAGACUUUCCCUGCUUGUUUGGAAGAACCUCUUUACUCCUCCAUUAAAGACUGGAGUGUAGACACCGUAAUGAGAGGCACAGUAGAUCAUUCCUACUCAGCCUGAGACACAGGGUAGAACCCACUGUGGUAAACUAGCAGUCUUUUAAUGUGUUUAUGAUGCUUUGUUUUAGCAACAAAAACAUUUAAAUGAGGCCACAUAACAUGCAAAUCAUAACCUUUACAUCAAAAAUUCCGCUGUCCUCAAAGUGCAAUGUUCACCCCAUAAUGUUGUCUGUGUUCAGUCUCACUGGGAAUGAGUCAGACAGAGAGAUUGGUUGCAGAGUGAAGUCAAGUCCCACUGGGCAAAAACUGGUUGAAUCAAAGUUGUAAUUUCCAAAAUAAUCAAUGUGAUGAUGUUGAAUCAACGUGGAAAACUGAUUGGGUUUGUAAAAAGUCAUCAACGUCGGGGAAUGUCGUCUUUUUUUCACCCAACCUUUAACCUCAAUCCAAUGACAGGGUGCCAUUUUUGUUGUUGAUUUAAACUUGAAUUCACACUAUUUGACAACUCAACCAAAUGCAAAUCAAAACUAGAUGUUGAACUGUAAGACACUUACUUUGUAAGUCGCUCUGGAUAAGAGAGCGUCUGCUAAAUGACUUAAAUGUAAAAUGUAAAUGUAACUGACGUCUGCGCCCAGUGGGGUUUGAAUUGAUGAGACUAUCAUUUUAGACAUAGGAAGUUAGGAACUAUUUUAGCAGUGGACAAAUGAUGGGUGAGCACACUGACAUACAACAAAACAGAAACACAUGUGCACACUCGCUUACACUGUCAUCAGCCUUUGAAAUAAUAUUUCUAUAUGUUGCAAAAGAUGCAAAUAAAUGCACAGGACCUAAGGGCGAUCAGGAUUUAGACUGGUGGGAGGUGUUAUAUUUGGGGUCAGGGACAUAAAUGAUGAUUCUGACUGAUUGAGAUUUAGACUGUUGUUUUGGAAGCAGAUUAUAUUGUGUAUUUUAUUGGACAGCUUGGACACACAGCUGCUUAGCAUAUUUCUGUAGCUCAUUGUAGUUUUUCUUUCAAACCAAAUAUAAAUAUUGUCGAAUCUCUCCCAAUUUUAUUAUAUAUUUGUCAAUUUUCGUCACUAUUUAACAUCUGUUAAUUACAUGUAGAUAUUACCCCCAGUAUCAGGAUUUACUCCUGUUAUGUGAACCUGUCAUGUAAACCCUUGGUUUGUGAUAAGGCUCAGGAAAUGCUCCAGGGCACUAGUGAAUUUGGAAUGAGAGAGAGAUUUGUUCCACCAUUGUUAUCCCCCUGUCAUUACUGAUGAGUGUUCCCGGUGCUUUUUGAUACUUGUCUGUUUAUGUUUUAAUCCCUGGUGUAUGUAAAUACUUUACUGUUAUUAAUUGGAAUAUGUUGAAUUCAUGUGAAGAUUCUGAAGUGAGCAAAUGACAGAUCCAACCAGCUUGACAUGUGGUUUUGUUCUGUGUUUCUGUGACAUUAUUAACAGAAUCUAAGUUGAACUGAAAAUCAACUACCCAAUGUACAUAAAUGCCUAGACUGUAACUUGCCUGCAUAACUUAUAUUUUACUGUCUUGAAACAAAGAAAAGUAAAAAAGAGAGAAAGAAUCCCUGUUUUGAAUGUAUUUUGCUCACCCUUAAAAUAUCAGAGAAAAUGAUAUCUCAUAUAACUCCUAUGUCAUUUGUAGGUGGCCAUGCAAACAGAUAUACUGGCAGCUUGGCAGGGCCACACACACACACACGUCACACACACACUGCCUUCCGACUAUGGUGAAAAUUAAGAUAAAUAUUUGUAAUUUAUUUUAAAUAAUAUCAAGCUUCCGUACUGUAUAUCCAUGUUCCCACAAUAACCAUUAAAUGGCUAAAGUGUU